CGCCCACUUCGAUGCGCCUCGUCUUCCAUAACCUCCUGACGUGCGCUGAUGCCAAUGUUUCGAUCGCACAACUGUGAACAACAGUCCGAAGCAUAGCUUCUACCUCAUCCGGGCGAAGUGCCACCUGUUCAGCGGUCUCGCAUCGAUAUACACAACGAUCUACGGGUUUACUGCCUUGUUGAAGACGAGAUGGCGACACUACUAUGGCAGCGAGACAUCAGCUCAGAUCUUAGCGGCGUCGAACAUACGUAUUCAUCGUGGGACUCGUGCAUGAGUGAGGCGUACUGGUCCGUCCAUCCCUUCCCUCCUCUCCUACCAAGGCCAGACCGACUGAUAUGUUCCACAGCAAAUGGCCCGCAAUUGUCGGAAUCAUCGUCGGCUCCCUGAUAGUCCUCUCGCUGCUUGUCUGC